CGGAGGGGGGUCGGGGAGGGGGUUUCGGCGGUGGCACCGUGCUCGCCGAGCGGCAGGCGGCGGAGGAUGCUGCGGCCGUUGGGGCCGCCGGGACGGCGCUGAGGCGUCGCUGUCCGCGCUGCGGCGUCAGCGGUUUGUUAAUGGGACAUCUGCAGUGACACUUGGUUUCCCCAAGAAACGCAGAAGCCCUAAGUAAUCAUGUCCACAACUCAGAGAAGGAAUCUAGCAAGUUCAUGCUGAGGUAUAUUCGCAAGUCAAGAUACAGUGGCUCAUGUUUUUCUGGAUAACAUAAUCCAUGGAUAAAGUGGGAAAGAUGUGGAACAAUUUCAAGUACAGGUGCCAGAAUCUCUUCAGUCAUGAAGGUGGAAGCCAAAAUGAAAAUGUAGUCGUUGACUCCAGUAGUUGCUCAUCUACUAAAGACAAAACUGUCCAGAUAACUGGUUUGGCUCAACAGCAACCCAGCAGCCCUCUGAGAGAAAAUAUUGCUUUGCAAUUAGGUUUGAGUCCUUCAAAGAAUUCUGUCAGGCGGAACCAAAACUGUGUCACAGAAAUUCCUCAGAUCGUUGAGAUAAGUAUUGAGAAAGAGAACGACUCAUGUGUCACCACGGGAGCUAGGCUUGCUCGACGGGACUCUUAUUCUCGUCAUGCUCCUUGGGGUGGGAAGAAGAAACAUUCCUGCUCUACCAAAACCCAGAGCUCUUUGGAUACCGAAAAAAGAUUUGGUAGAACGCGAAGUGGUUUGCAGAGGAGAGAGAGAAGGUAUGGAGUGAGUUCUGUACAUGAUAUGGAUGCAGUGUCGAGCAGGACGGUGGGCAGCCGUUCUCUGCGACAGCGUCUGCAGGAUACUGUUGGACUGUGUUUUCCCAUGCGAACUUACAACAAGCAGUCCAAACCUCUGUUUUCUAACAAAAGAAAGAUCCAUCUCUCUGAACUAAUGCUUGAGAAAUGCCCUUUUCCUGCAGGCUCAGAUCUGGCUCAGAAGUGGCAUCUGAUUAAACAGCACACAGCUCCCGUGAGUCCGCACUCAACUUUUUUUGAUACAUUUGAUCCUUCCUUGGUUUCCACGGAAGAUGAAGAAGACAGGCUGAGAGAGAGACGUAGACUCAGUAUUGAAGAAGGGGUUGAUCCCCCUCCCAAUGCCCAAAUACAUACUUUUGAAGCUACAGCACAGGUUAAUCCGUUAUAUAAACUGGGACCAAAGUUAGCCCCUGGUAUGACUGAGCUGACCGGGGACAAAAACGUAACUCCUGCAGGAAACUGUGACUCUGAAGAGGACACAACAACACUUUGUCUGCAGUCGCGCAAGCAGAAGCAGCGCCAGAUGUCUGGAGAGAGCCACGGCCAUAUCAGCAAGCAGGGGGCUUGGAAGGUGCACACUCAGAUAGAUUACAUCCAUUGCCUUGUGCCAGACUUACUUCAGAUCACAGGUAACCCGUGUUACUGGGGUGUAAUGGACCGUUACGAAGCAGAAGCACUUCUGGAAGGUAAACCCGAAGGCACUUUUUUGCUCAGGGAUUCUGCGCAAGAGGACUACCUCUUCUCUGUGAGCUUCCGUCGUUAUAACCGAUCGCUGCACGCACGCAUUGAGCAGUGGAAUCACAACUUUAGUUUUGAUGCCCACGAUCCCUGUGUGUUUCACUCCUCCACUGUUACAGGGCUUCUGGAACACUACAAAGACCCUAGCUCUUGCAUGUUCUUUGAACCGUUGCUAACUGUAUCUCUAAACAGGACUUUCCCCUUUAGUCUGCAGUACAUCUGCCGGGCAGUAAUCUGCAGGUGCACUACGUACGAUGGAAUUGAUGACCUUCCGUUACCUUCAAUGUUGCAAGACUUUUUAAAGGAGUAUCACUAUAAACAAAAAGUCAGGGUGCGAUGGCUGGAGCGGGAACCUAUAAAAACAAAGUAAAUGGAAAUCAGAGUCCCCAGUAAGCUUACAGAAUAUGCUUUUUUUGUGUGUUACAGUUUAACUGCGGCAAACGCACCAACAACGUCUAGCUUUUUGCAAUAUCCUAUUGAAGCUGAGUGUUAGUAUCCUGUCAGAUGCUGCCUGCUGUUAAUCAGACGAAGUUGUGAUGCCUCUUGGAAACAAUAAGCAGACACAAUUCUGCACGUUUUUCAUUAAGGCCUAGUGAAAAUAUUUUUGCUAAUUCCUAAAUAUUUCGUUUUUAUAGCUGUAGUAAUUGGAUGAAGAAACUAUGAGGCAUUUUCCAUGGGGCAUUCGUGUAAUGCUAAUGAAGAAAGACUUUAUUGGAGGAGCAUUUUUGCUCAUAUUUAAAGUAUUUUUUUAAAUGUUGUCUUUAAACUUUCCACUAUUCAAAGUACUAAUUUAGCUCACGGUUAAGUUUCCGAACAGUAGUGAAUAAGAGUAUUCUCUUUUUAUCAAGAGCAGUUCACAAGAAGCAGGGAUGACCUGCAGUCCAUUAAGAGUUAAUGGCGUUUUUUGGAUGCUAGCAGAUGAAUCAUGCUUUUCUCAGUGUAUAGGGUUUCCUAAUCAUUAAGACUUGAAUAUGCCUGCUCAGUACUGUAAUUCUAUUUUAAACACUUGGAGAUUUAAGUGGCAUUGUUAGCAAAAGUAAUGCUGUCUUGGACAGCUGAAUACCUUCCAGUGUGAGUUAUUGAUGCAGUGGCAGGACGCAGAAUUGGUUUAUAGCCAUGAAAUGAAAGUUUUUGUAUUUUUCUAAAGCCUAACUACUUGUAAUUUACAAUGGAAGGUAAUAGUGAAGAGAAAAUGUUUGUUUUUUUAUUUAAAGUUGUCUGAUAUUUUUAUGGAGAAAAUUACAAGUGGUUGAAUUAUAAUCAGAAUACAAAAUCUGACGUAUCUGAAAUAGAUGUCAGAUUUCAAAGGUACUGUUACACUUUAUUUGUAAAUAUCUUUCAAUUUGCGCUUUUUAAAAUGUUUUAAAGUAAUAUGCACUGAUAAUAGUUUCAACAGAUCACUUGGAAACAAAAUUCUAAGUUCUGUUUGCUUAUUUAAUUGGAGACGGAACUUCAAAUAGUUCUGUCUUAGACAUUUUUGCACUAAAAUUUUGUUGGAAUGCCCUGUCCCCUGUUUAAUGUUUUGUACCAAUUAUGAGUGCUCCCUAGUUUCUUUACCAGCUGCUACAGUAUGUUAUUACUUACUUCUCUAUGGCAGUGACCUGUGCGAGGUAGGGAACAUUUUGGCUGCAAGUACAAUAAACAUUAUUCUUGUAUGCUACACUAACCCUUCUAUUGAUGUAUUUUUCUGCUUGCUGUGCCUUGUUCUGGCUUUUUGUGCUAAUAAAGUACAGUAUGUUCAGUGUUAUACUUGUAUAUCUGCUCUGUUUUUAUAUAUUCACGUAACUUGUAGCAGUUAACUGAAUCUUUAGUAGGCUUUUCUUAGUGUAGGUAAUGCACAAAUACUGUGCAGCUGAAUAUUGGUCAGCACACCGUAUUCCUGGGUUUUGUUAUGUUGUGUAUCGGAAACCUGAUAGUGUACACCACUGAAUGUUUCUGUAGUCACUGCAAAAUAAUGAACUUGUCUGCAAGCAUCCAGCAUUUUAAAGAUCUUUGUAAAGUAUAACUGUUAAGCAAAAAAUAUUCUAAAAGCGUUAUUGAUCCCCUGUAAUAGUUGCUGAAUGCGUUUUAGCCUGUUACAUUGCUAACUGCUAAGCUUAAUAUUUUGAUAUUCCCCAAUGAGUAAGGAAUGACUAUUCCUGUAAAUUGACAGUACGGCAGCGGCAUUUGUUCACUUUUAGACUAUUUUAAUAAAUAGAUGUACACACAAACUGGCCAAAUGUCCUGUUUUUACCAAAGAAUACUGUCAAUUUAUGUUGGGGUAUUUUUUAGUGAAAAACUGAGAGUGGAGAGGUGCAAUUUCUGUUCUAUCGAAUAUUUAUCCUAAGCUAUUAUAAACCAAAGUAUUUGACAACUUCAUCUGAACUUUAGCAAUGUAUACAUUUGUGUUGGUGGAGCUUGAAACUUUUACGUCAAGAGUGUCAUCGUUUUUUCUUGAAUACACAAUGUACCUGAAGAAGAAUGAUUUAAAUAACUUUGUAGUGACUGGAACAGCACUAUAUAGAAGCUUAUACUGAAAGGGGUUGAUUUGAAGCACCCAGAAAGCACUUUAAAAUGUGUUUAUAUGCUCGUGGAAAAUCUGUGAUUCAGUUACACGUUCUUUGUAGUAGGUUAUCUUCUUUCAUAUGUGUUAGGACAUCAACUGUUACAGUGAAACUUUGUAUGUAAAUACUAAGUUUAUGUAAGUAUGUGUACAAAUGUGCUAAUGGUCACUUAAGUUUUAAACUGUGUGUGUCCUUGGAUAUGCAACUCCUGGUUUUAAACCUGCUCUAAGCAUAGAAAGAGGAAAAAAUUCACCAGCAUGAAAUUGCACCCAAGUGUCCCUUCGUUGUGUCGUUCUCGCUGUUCCUUUGAUCAGAUCUGAAUUCCAGAUUAGUUUACUUUAAAUCUUGCUUUUGUUAGUAGUAUCAUACAGUUUAACCUGCAACCAAGUUUCGUCCCAACGUAGGGAUCUGUUUUUUGUUUACAGCUGCUGCAGCAUUGCUAGUCAUAAACUGGCUGAUGAGAUCCUAGCUAUAACAUUAUCAGUGUGGUCAGGAAUACACAUUCAUUUAAGAUUUUUGCGUAGUGAAUAUUUGGAGAAAAAAUUAAACAACCCAAACCCGAACCUCAGAAAAUUUGCUUUUGUAUUUGUGUAAAUGGUCUUCACAGAGAGGCUUUAUUGCUCCCUUGAGAGAGAGAGAUGCACACAAUAAUGAUGAUAUAUAUUUCUCUACAAGUACUUUAAAGCUUUGCUUCACUGAAAUAUACGGAAUAACUUGCUAGUGUGCCGAUGUUAAAAUUAUGUAAAUGUAAUUUGAAAGUAUAAUAGACUUGAGUGUUGGCUACUCAAGUUGCACAAUAUUUUUCUAAUUGCUGAUUUUAGCUCUAAAGUCACUGAAACAUUGGUAUGUUGAGAAUGUGAGUACUUGACUCCUUUGAGUACUCUAGUUUAAUAUUCGGCAUUCUGAUUUUAUGUAGAAAAUGUUGUAAAUGUCCUGGUCAAAAUACUUGCACAGGCAACUGAUUUUCGUACAGUAGGAUUCAAUGUAAUAAGGUAUGCUUGCAUGAUUCCAAUCUAAUCUGCUUACGUGACAGAUAAGUAGUUAAUUAUCGUGUGAAAUGUUCUUUGGAGGUGAUUUUUAUCUCUGCAGAAAGGGCUAUAGGUAGGGUUUACUCAGUGGAAUUAUUUUGCAAAAAUCUUGCAAAGAUACUUUGCCGUGCUUAAAAAGAUCAGGUGCUACGUGGGAAUUCAGAUCUUUGAAAACUUAGCACAACUUGGUGGUUUUGUUACAUAUAAAUACGUGCAUCCUAAUACAUGAGGAAGUCAACAGCAGUUCUACUUUACCAAAAGGUGGAAAUUGUGAUAAUCCUGAUUUCCAUACAAUGUUAACCCAACAUCAGAAGAUUAUUGGGCAAGUAGAACAGUGUCGCUAUUGAAAUGACUGUAUGGAGGGUUUUAUAACUGGAUCAUUGUAGAAGACCAUUACAAUAAUUAAAAGAAAAGUUGGGCAUUAAAUUGAAAUCUUUUUAGAAAUCUUUUCAUAUCCCCUUGGAAUUGGAGAAAUGUAGUCUAUUGACAAUAACUGAGGGUCUUUCGUUGUUGUUUUUGGAUCAGUUUUGCAGGAAUAAACCUUCUGAAAAUACUCUUGAGGAUGUAGACAGUUGAGGUCCAAAUAAUUUUCUUGUCAGAAUGUUACUUUUCUUAAGAAAAUAAAUUGCAAAGCCGUCUUUUGGCAUUUAUGUAUUUAAUUAUUUGUGUAUCUGAAAACUUCUUGCUUACAAAGGGAUAGUCUUCAACUUAGAAGCAUACGGUCUUUGAAAGAUCUGUGUGUGUAUGUAGUAUAUCUCCUAUCUUAGACUUCAUCCUGACAGUCACUCAUAUUGCAAGUCUAUAUUUAAGAUUCUUCAUCAUUUGGAAGCAAGCAAAGAUUCUGCAUUUCAUUAGUAUAAAACCUGUUUGCUUUAGUCUCCAUGUGCAAGCCAGGCUUCAAAAUAUUUGCAGAAUGCCUUAGAGCCUAUAUUUGCUGUGAAAUUGCAUGCAAGACUGAAACUGUAAAGUCGAGAGGUGCUGAGUACCAUACAGAGAUGAAUCUGCAGGGAGCAUGCAUCUUUUUCUCAAAGAUAACUUGAAAUACAGUGUUUAAUAGAAACAUACUAGCUGAUUUUUCUAUUAUUCUUUCUAAAAUAACCAUCUGUCUCGUUUUAAAAAUAAUUCAUACUUAAGAUAAUGAAAGUACUUACAACUCUCAUUUUCCUAAAGUAUUUUUGUGAAAUUAUAUAUGUGCCAAAUCUUGGUCUUCACAGAUCUGCAUAGCCCAUAGAUACAUAUGUAUGUGUGUGUCAGUAAGAUGCCUCCAAGCACACGUGCGUUGAUGGUCUUUAUUGAAGCUACCUAAGUACAUCAGUAUGGUGAGCAUUAAUAUAUUGGAAUUUUUAAAAAUCUGUUUAAGUUCCUGUCUGCAUUGCAUAUGUUACAAAUAGGCUGGUUUUUUUUAAUCUUCACCUGUAAUUGCAUAUUAUGGCCAGUGGCUUGGUCUAUGUUCUGCUGCUGUUGCCACACUUACAUAAGCCAGUUGUGCACAGACUGUGACCAAAGGAGAUUUUUUUGUUCAUAAUUGCUUUUCUAAAAAACAAUAGGAAGGAUAGAAAUGAAAUUGAUUGGCUUUUGAAGUAUUAACUCUUACAAAGCAUGCUCUAACAGCUGCUCUCCCUUUUCACAGUGACGUACAAAGAAUUAUUUAGCUUGACCAUUGGUUGCACCUACCAAAUGCACUUGGCUUCAGGUGUCUGUAUUUUAAGCAGUUUUUUAAUUUUUCGUUAAAAGAUGGCACUAGUGAGAACUUUGAGAAGAAAAUGGUUUGACAUCUUCACAUUAAGAUGCUUAAAGCAAAUGUUAUGCAAUGAGGUAAUGAUCUGUUGAGGAUUCUUUUUUAAGAAUAGUUACCCCUUUUGCUAUGUCUUAAGACUUAAAAAGAAGUUGUCCCUUGAUGUUACAUUUAGAGGAUGGAAAUAAACGUGUUCUUUCUCUUAAUUUGCUUGCAUGUUGCCAUACUGAUCUAAAUCUGGUAUUUCAAUGAAGCAUUGCCAUUUUUCUUAUUUUUAUAUAAUAUUCCAUUUACAAAAGUUGUAUAUCAGUGGGGCAUCAAUGCAAUGAAGUCUCUGUACAUUCAUCAUUACCUAGGUAACUAUUGUGUAUGUACACCCUUCAAGCUGAAGAAAAAUUCACUUUGUAAAGUAAAACUCCAGCCGUUAUCAGAUAUGUUUCUUGGGGCCAACACAAUGCAUUUAAGAGCUGAAACUCCUGGUGCUUGACCUUUUUUUUCCCUCGUCUUUGGUAGAAAGGAAAAAAUACAUAAUUAUGUAUGUGUGAUGUAGGUCAUGGGACAGAUUUACUUGUUAAGCGCACAGCUACACGGACAAGCAGAAACAUAUCUGAACUUGCUUGUCUGGAGUAAAGCAAGCUCUGAUUUCUCAGUAGGAAUUACAGUGUUGGUGGCACAUUGGCAGAGGAAGCAGAAUUAGGUUUUGUUCUUAAAACUUUUGAGAAGCCGUUCAGUUGAGCACUGUGUGUGCUUCCUGUUUGAUAUGGUCUUUGAACUUUUUUAGAGUCCUGAGAAUUUUAAUAGCUUUUGAAAGAUGGGAAAAUUCUUGACUGCUUUGUCACUUCUUCCUUUCGUACUGUAGCUUUGCAAAAGCAUGGUGAGAGAAAUUUAUUAUAAAUGAGGAUGUGGAGUCACUAACUGUAUAAGCACUACUUUGUAAUAUCGUUAUGGAGAUAGCGAAUUCUUAUGUGAUUAUAUUUAAACUGUUUUGGGAGAAUGAAUAAUGACACUGUGGGCACAAAUGAAUUCAGAUUGCACUAUAAACUUUACCAGAAGCCUUCAUUCUUACAAAACCAUGCGAUCCCUGCACAGAAGAACCAUGGCUUUGGUGCUUCAGUCAUUGGUAGGCAUCCAGAAGAGCGGCACCCAGACAGUCCCUGGACCCGUUCCCGACAUUCCAGCUGAAGGGGCCCUGGCAGGCCUGCGGGGCACUCGAGGAGUUGGCUCCCGAGCGUGCCAGCGGCACUCGGCCGUUGUGUGCCAGCGGUGGCACUCGCCUGGUGCCAGCGCCGUGUGCUGCUCUGGGUCGCAUGGGCUUAGGUGGUUCUUGACCUUCUGCAGCUUCUGCGUGUCUCCAUGCUGCCGAACUUGUCUUUGUUAACCGGUUGCCAAACUGUCUUGCAUCUUAAUAGUGAGAAAAUAAUGUGAUCUAUAGCUACCCGAUUGGUGUAUUAAGUAAUAGAUGGCUCUGUCUUAAUAAAUGGGGUAUAAACUA